AUGACUGAAAGUGAAAAGUCGUUGGAAGAUUUCUUUGCUAAGAAAAGCAAGAAGAAGGGUGCUAAAGGAAAGGCGAAGAAGUUUACGACAACAGAUGAGAUCGCAAAAAAGCUAGUUGAGCAAGACACAUCAUCCGGACCGAGCAGUCUUGGAUCGGCAUCUACUGAUGUUGCGACAAAAAAGGCAAAAGCUUCAGCUGAGGUAAACAAAGAAGAAAAUGAAGAAGAUCAAAUGAACUAUCGUUUCAGGGAUGAUGAUGAAUGGACAGAUUUCAGAGAUGAUUCACAAAAAGACUACAGUGGCUUAAAAAUUCAGGCUCUUCAGGUGACUGAUGAACCUCCUGAAGCAGAAGAUGAAGAAGAAGAAGUUGAUGAAAAUGGAGAACCGAUAAAGACGAAAGGUCAAGGAGCAUCUGGGCCAUGGAAUAAGGCAUCUGAUACUACUCCAGCUCCUGCUCCUGCUCCCGCUCCCGCUCCAGAACCAGAACCUGUCAAAGAAGAACCAAAGCCAGUAGUUACAUCAGGGAAGUAUGUUCCACCUAACAGGCGAGGUGCUUCAGCUGCCAGUGCACCACCAUCAUCUAGCGUAGCUGCAGCAAAUGCUAGGCUUGGCAUUAAAAGCAAGGGGAAGGCACCACAGAUAAACAGUGAAUUUGAAUUCCCAACAUUAGCUGCAAGUUCAGAUCUAGUAAAGCAUAGUAAUAAAGUUGAGGAUGCAACCUUUUCAACUGUAACAAAAGGUGGACAAGCAGUGGAUGGUGCAAGUAGUAAAGGUGGAGAUUUACAACUAGGAAAUCGUUUCGCAGCUCUAGAAAAUUGACCUCUCCGAGGAAGUAUGGGGUCAACCUGAACAUUUACAGAUGCUGUGAACAGAGACAUAUUUUUCUAAUGUGCAAGAUAUCACAGACAUUGAUCUCAAGGAAUGUUUUUGAGUAUAGGCUCAGAAUCGACGCUGGUGUACUUUGUCCUUGUUUUCUGCAGAGCCAGCAAUCAGCAUAUUAUAAUUUAUAGCUCUUCCAGGAUGGUAUAACUGCUUGAUUGCUACAGCAUCACGUCAACAAGUUGAAAUGCAAAUGCUACUGUAUUGUCUACUAAUGUCAAAUGUAUAUCAUAGAUCUACUGCAAGUGAAUUUCAUUACGAUUAUUUGCAGUAAAAAAGUAAAUUACAGUGAAUGAAUCAUGUUGACAUGCACAUCAAUUCAAAUCUGUAUCUGAACUUUUUGCCAUUUAUUAUGUAAUGUUAUUCUAUGCAUAUGAUAUCAUUUAUCACAAGAAAAUGUGGAAAUAACAUUGAGAUCUGGGCAGUAUCUGAUGUCAUGUGACGAAAAAUAUUUCAUUUAUUUGAUCAUGAAAGGUGCUCACUUUUUGAAAGUGUGCCAAGAAAGUGCAUUCCUUGACGUGUGAUGUCACAUUUUCACUUGUUUGCUAUUAUUACGUGAAUGUUAUCAUCGUGCAUUCAAGGUCAUCACUACUUCAAAAUAAUGAUUCUGUGUGAGGAACAUUAAGGUGACAAUGAUUAUUGGUACUACAUGCAGAUCUAUGAUUGAGAUAAAAACAAGUUGAUGUAGUAAAGUGUUAUUUCUCCAGACACACUUGUUUAAAAGGAAAGUGCUUGGAAAGUAUACUGUUAAUUUUCUCUCUCUGUCUGUCUCUUUCUUUAUUAUGAAAUGUUUAUGAGAAUAUGAAAAAUACCAGGGAUGUCAGGGUUUAUGUUGUGCAGCACAUAAUGUAUUUGGCUUUAGCAUGUUCUUGCUUCUUUCAGGCCCAGUAAUCAAGACCGACUGACAUCUUUGAAAUUUGAGAACAUAUAAUCUUCAACUUUACUAAGAGAAAUAUGGACAAGGAAUGAAACUUAACAAAACCUAAGUUACUUUGCAGCAGAGUAUAUAUCUAUGUACCAGUGCUACAUAGAUCCAUUCUCUUGGGUUAAAUAUAAUGUGACAGCUUUGGGAUCCCAAGUAAAUGUAAGUCACUAUUAAAAAUAACAAAUAUUUACAAUAAUGAUAAUUUUAAUGUUAUAUUGGCAUGUUUUCUGAUUUAUUUUACUUUACUGUAAGCUUAUAAGAUGGGAAAUUGUUCUGAAGCUUGCCAAAUUAUUUGCAUUUGAACAUCCCAUUCAUUCAUAAACAGUUACAUCGUAAAAGCAGUCCAAGGUAAUACACAAUGCACGCAUGGUACCAUUGAUGUGCGCUGAUGUCAUGUACUACUGUAAUGUACUUUCUCUGGCCAUUGAUCAUAUGCGACUUUGUACACACAUAAAAGUGCAGAAAUUGUUGUGUGACAUAUCACCCAUUGUUCCAUGUCAGGAAGAGCCAAAUGUUACCAAGCAGAAACCUUUGUUUAAAUAUGAAUAGAUCUAAUUAUUAUUUAGGAUAUGAAAUUCACAACUAACUUGUGCUCAAAACUAGGCAUAUUCAAUGCUACGACUUAGUUUUCUGUCAUUACUUUCUGUGUAAUUAAACCGGUGAGUCAGUCAGCCCUAGAUAAUCAAUGUGGACCAUAGCAAUCUGUUCAAUUUAGAAGAGGUAAUGCAUCAUAUUUUAUACAAUCUGGUCAGAAAAGUACUUCCACUUGGAUAGUUAUUUGAUUUGACAUAUGCAGACUUAACUAAUCACCUGUAACAACUAAAUCAAAAUAGCCGAGGGGAAAGAAAAGAGUUUUACACCAUUGUCUAUUUGAAAGGGCUCUUUGGUAGUAUAUCAUACAUACAGCAUAGCUACAUCACAUUGCCAAUUUCAGAUCUCCAAACAUUUGAUCAUUUCUUGAUCUCUCAUUGCAUUUUUUCUUUGACUAUUCACUGGUAUGCAUUUAUCAUGGUCGGCUUAUUUGAAUUUCAGGAAAAGUUUUAAAAAAGCAUGCUUUUACCCGAGCCUCGGCCGUUAACUGGGGGGGAGGGGACCCCCCCACGAAUUUCGUCACUACAUCGCCAUGUGAAAUUUUUGACCACGCCAUGCUGGUGACUUUUUACUUUCAAGUCUUUCUUGCCAUCGGCUCCUUAUUUAUCUCUGAUAACUGAUCUUUAUAAUUAAGCAUCAUUCCUUUUGUUAAAAAGAUGAAUGAUUUUAGAUAAGUAAUGUGAGUGGGUAACUGAAAAAUAUGCUUCUUCCACGUAUGGAGUGUCUACUCCACAUAAAAUGAUGCGACCUGCAUUUUUAAAGUAGAGCACCUUCACUUUGUAGAAGGGUAGUCACCAAUAUCUUGAUGAUAAUCUUCUAAUUAAAGGAUGAAGUUUUUAAGCCUUUGCCUGGUCAAUCAAAGAUUGUUCUGAUAAAUAUUACAGGUUACUCUGCCCAAGUCGACCUUCCGUAAGUCAAAUAAUCGCUCAAGUCAUAGCAAUUUUUUUUAGACCAGAUUAUUCAAAAUAUGUAUUACGGUAUAUACAGCCUCUUCUAAGUCGAUUUUGCCCAAGCCGAACAGAUUUCUCUGGCCCAAGAGAUUCAACUUAGGCAGAGUUACCUGUAUAUUAAAGUAAAUUAGGGUACCAUGGCUGCAUAUGGACAUUCAGACAUGCUUUGAUUUCUAUUACAAAUGUUUCUUUGGGUUCUGUAAAGACUUGAGGGGCAAACACCAAGUCACUGCUCAUUUUGGUGAUUAAAUGAUUAACAUGCACUAUUUUCAUUUAACGUAAAAUGUAAUUAAGCACAUGCUGAUUCCAUAUUCAUUACUACAUAAUUUCCCAAGUGAUGUACUAAGAUAUUUUUAUAUGGCAAAUGAUUUAAAAGAUAAUCAGAAUAUUAAUAUUUUCAGGGUUUGGAAGUCCUGGUUUGAUAUAUUCUUCUCUGAUACCUCGGUCACAUUUGAUCCACGGUGGCCAUAUAGCUAUUCGAAAAACGGCUGUUUUAUAUAUUUUAAUUCAAACCACCUAUAUGUAGCUGGUACAAAAAAAGUUAUAACGGCUGUUUUCGACUCGCCAUACAGCCGUAGAGAAAAUGUGACCGAGGUAUUAGUUCCCCCUGUUUACUACUGAACUCCUUAUUAAAGGACAAGUCCACCCCAACAAUAAGUUGAUUUGAAUAAAAAGAGAAAAAAUCCAACAAGCAUAACACUGAAAAUUACAGCAAAAUCGGAUGUAAAAUAAGAAAGUUAUGAUAUGUUAAAGUUUUGCUUAAUUUCACAAAACAUUUAUAUGUACAUUCUGCAAAUGAGGAGACUGAUGAAGUCAUCCACUCACUAUUUCUUUUGUACUUUAAUAUAUGAAAUAUCAAAUAUUAUUUGUUUGGCGUCAUCUGUGCCUGGGAGGCAAAAAGCAAAUUGAAUCACUAUGACCCGCAGGUCUCUCCUCCCGACAUAACUGAUUGGGGGGAGUGCAUAUUGUAUUUUCUCAUUAUCAAGUGAAACAAAGAUUAAUUCCUCCUUGAACAUGUGGAAUUAGCAUUGUUUUAAUACUAUAUGGUUCAGUCAAGUUGGUCCUUAUUGUCAAAUCUGUAAAAAAUGAAAUAUUGUAUAAGUCAAACAAUAAAAAACAAAAGAAGUAGUGAGUGAUAGACAUCAUCAACUGUCUCAUUUGCAUGUCACUGAGAUGUAACUUUCUUAUUUUGACAUCCGAUUUUGAUGGAUUUUUUAGCGUUUGGCUAGUUUGAUUUUUCUCUAUUUAUUCAAAUCAUCCUUUUUUUGGGGUGGACUUGACCUUCAAGGUUUGAAUGCAGAAAUCUUGAGAUUUGGUAAUCAGCUAAUUGUGCAUUUACAUUUUAUAAUCUGAAAAGUUUUGGAAUAUUCUGUCCAGGAAGUUCAUAGUUAAUAUUAUUUGGUAUUGGUAUAUAUUUGUUAUGAAAUAUUCUAUUCUAUGUAUCCUAUAAUAAUUCAUAUCCCUCAUUUUUCUUUUUAUUUCAUAAACUUUCCUAUCAAACUUCCAAUUC